UUUGACAAUAACUUUUGAAAACCUUUACAAAAAUUUUCUUCGUAUAUAUUAUCUAACAAAAUGAAUCAGUGUUUACUCAACCUAUCAGGAUGAUAAGGCAAUUAGAAACCGAAUGUACAAAGGAAACCCCAACGUCGUUCACUCUGCAAAAUUAAAAUAUGUGUUUUGAUAACAACGACAAAUGUUGCGAUGACAAUAAUUGUUGCAGCGAUUGUAAAGGCGACGCAUCCUUAGACUCCUUCAACUGCUUCUUCGGCUUAAUAUUAUUCUGGCUGACUUUACUAGCCGCGCACGCCUGCGCCUUCUUGCACGUCCAUCUCCACUUCACCGGCAACUGCCAGGACUUCAGCACCUUCUCCGUCGUUGUCACAGCGGCCGCCAUGCUCAGCUGCAUUCUCAGCCUGGCCCUGCUGAUCAUGCAGCUGUUGUGCUGCGACCAGGGAGGGUGCUUCUGUUUGCUGUUGGUCUCCGGUUUCCAUAUAUUCCUGGGCAGCACGCUCAUGGCGGCGUCCGUCUUCGAGCUGACGCAGAGCACCGGCCUGCUGGCCACCGCGGCCAAAUUGGGCAUCGCCACAGGAGCGCUGCAGCUGCUCUCCGGCCUACUUCCGAAGCUUCUGUUUUCGUAUUGUUGUUGUCCUGAUGACACAAAUCAGAUACCUUGCUGUUGUCCCCCUCCUAAUUGUUGUUGAGCGCGGUUAGUCCGCAUACAGUUUUAUAUACAUAUAGAAAAGCCGUCGUAAUAAAAUCAAUAUAAUUG